GAAGCCUCCGGGUGUGAUAUAUAAAUCUGGCUAUAGAGAUGAUCUCAUUCAUGGCUGCUCCGGUCAAGUCAACACUAGAAACCCCAAUUUAUUAUAUAUUCCACCAAGCAUCACCGCAUACAGCGUCCGCGUAUCGUCAUGGCAAAGGCUCCAGUCUGGCUCAUAACCGGCGCCUCCCGUGGCCUAGGAUUAGAGAUAGCUAGGGCGGCAUUGAAGGCAGGUCACUUUGUUGUUGCAGGCUAUCGCGACAAGGCCAAGAUCCAGAGUGCCUUCACGGAGAUCGAGGCUCUCGGGGGAACUUGGGUGCAGCUCGACGUGGCUGGCGGAGAUGUCGAAUCGCAAGUCCAAUCCGUUAUUGCCCAGCACGGACAGAUCGACGUUCUCGUCAACAACGCCGGGUAUGCCAUCCUCGGAAGCAUCGAAGAAACGAGUGUUGAACAGAUCGAGACGAUCUUCAGGACUAACUUUGUCGGCCCCCUCCGCACGAUCAAGGCGGUGCUGCCAUCCAUGCGCUCACGCCAUUCGGGCACUAUCGUCAACAUCAGCAGCUCGAACGCAUUUUCAAUCGCCCCGGGGCUCGGGAUCUACGUCGCGACCAAGUUCGCGCUCGAGGGCGUGACUGAGGUGCUCCAGACAGAGAUAUCCUCGUUCGGGAUCCGCACGCUGCUCGUGGAGCCGGGGAUGACGGCGACCGAUAUGCUGGAUCCGGCGGGCACGGGAAUCAAGCUGCCGCUGACGGACGCAUACCGCGACACGGCUGUGCAGCGCACCGAGGAGGCGCUUCUCAUCGGGACCGGAGAGCGCCCCCCCUGGUCUGCCGACCCGGCCCAUGUCGCACAGCGCAUCGUCGAAGCCGUCGACGGCACCGGCAUCCUCGCUGGGAAGCCAGUCGGACUCCGCCUUCCGCUUGGCAAGGACACCGGCUCCGCCCUCGAGACGCGCGCUGCCGGCUACACGGCGCUGCUCGGCGAUAUGAAAGAGGUGUGGGAGAGCGUCUGAGUUCGAGCUCAAGGGGGGGAUGGAUAUGUGAGUAUAUAGCAAGUGGAGAGUGGGAG